UUAUGGUGUCAACACAGCUGUUGUGGAACUUCUUGAUAGCAGUAACUAUGUGGAUUGGAGUGUAUUAGUUAAAACUUACUUGUUGGCUCAAGACCUUUGGGAUGUAGUGGAAGAAGACGAAGAAGAAGAAGAAGCUGAUGAUAAGUUCAAAGCUUGGAGGGAGAAGAAUGCCACGGCUUUACAUAAAAUCCAAAUUUCGUGCGGGCGGGAAGCUUCUUCCCUCAUUAGAAACACCAGUUCAGCCAAACGCGCUUGGGAUACUUUGGCAGAAAAGUUCAAGCCAAAACCAGAUCCCAAUGCAAUAAGAGCAAGAUAUUCAACAGGAGGGACAGCUCUUCACAUUGCAACCAAGUUCGGACAUGAGCAUAUUGUGGAAGAGUUGGUUCAGUUGAUGACACCGGAAGACUUGGAAAUUGUGCAAAAUGGUAAUUGGACAGCUCUUCAUCUUGCUGCAAGAUUAAAUCUCAAAAUGGUUGAAUGCAUAGUUACAAAGAACAAGAAACUACUUGGCAUUGUUGUAUCCAAGGGUAAGACGCCAAUUUUCCUCGCUGCUCAGUUGGACUUAUGGGAUAUCGUUCGUUAUCUCUACUCCGUCACUCCGAUCCAAGACUUAAUGCCAGAGAAUGGCCCUUAUGGCGCUGGGCUUGUUUGCUUUUGUUUCCGAGCCAAACAAUUUGAUAUGGCGUGGGAAUUACUUCAGCGUUGCCCACGAUUGGUAAUUACUAAAAAUCCUUUUGGAGCAACCCCUAUACGUGUAUUGGCUGAUAUCCCUUCUGCAUUUCCGAGUGGGACGCGGCUCAAAUUCUGGGAAAAGUGGAUCUAUGAUGGUAUACACAUACAACAUCCUCUUGCCAUCCCUGAUUUUCAUGUAAAUGUUGAAAAUCUAGAAGAGAAACUGGGCAACCAAAAUAUCAGUUUCUCAGUUUUAAAAGAUCUAGACACUCAAGAAAUGGAAGAUGGCCUUGUCUAUGCAGCAAUAUUCCGAGCUGUACGAAGUGGGAUUAUUGAGUUCAUUAUUCGUUUAUGUAAAGUAGAUCCUGAUAUAUUGUGGCGGACCAAUUCAAUGGGAAGGAACAUAUUUCAAUAUUCAAUUGAGUGUCGCCAGGAAAAAGUAUAUAGCCUCAUAUAUGGGGUUGGUCAAAGAAAUCUUUUUGCAACAUUUCCAGAUGCUUCUGGAAAUUAUAUGCUACAUCUUGCAGGGAUGCUAUAUGGCUCUUAUUACAUUGACACGACACACAUGGAGACUUAA